ACUACAGCAGACCUGCAGCGGCCGCGCGGGGUCUCGGACUCGGGCGACACAUUUCACACAUUUUUAGGAUGCCGCUCUUAGUCAGUCCGGGACGAACCGGUUAAGAAAGGAUGUCAACAAGUGACGCAGGAAAGCCGAGAAUUGGAGGUGGAGGAGGAGAGACACACGCAGCUACGCCUCUGAGCUCGCCACAAACGCGGACUCACACAGAGAGAGAACAAGGUGAGACACUUCACAGCAGCUUUGUCACUGAGUCUAAAUCCAGUCAUCCACUCAACACCACAAAAGAAACUUCCACAGCACUGACAUUUUCCUCAAAGUCCACCAAGGAUCACACAGGCCAGACAAAGAGACCCAAAUUCACAUCACAUUUCUUUUUAAAAUUCGGCUCCAAACCAGGUCGGAGCGGAUCAGAGCCGGACCUACACAACAAAGAGACUUCCACAGAUAGUUUUGAUGCAUCUCCAGUUUGUGGCAAGGAAAUAUUUUACCGGGUUCACGAUCUAACAUUGCAUGCUGUGGACAAGAUACCUCUUCAUUUGAGAGAAGUCAAACAAACACAGAACUGCAUCAGCAUCGAGACCAGCAGCGGUGACAUCCAGAGCUUCCCCAAUGGCCGCCGCGGAUUACUUAAAGAAAACGCAUCUCAAAGUGGGAUACCAGCGAAAAGACCGAAUUCUGUGGAUUUAAACGUGGAUAAGACAAGGGCUAAGGAACUUUUGGGACACUCUGCAAUGUUAUCUUCUACUGUAACUGUCCUGGCCCCCCCCUCAGUGGAGCGGACGACUGCGCAAGAGCAAGAGGGAGGGGACAGGGGUAUCAGACUAUCAGGGGAACUUACAGAGCUCCUCUAGUGUUGAAAGGAUGCUGUCAAGUGGACUACAAAGCCAGUUUACGAGGAGCAACACAGUGGGAUGGUCUACUCGGAGUGGGCCUAUAAGUUUGGACAAUGACAGGAAAAUUCAGCAGUCGGCCUCUUUGGAUAUGAGAGUGGAUGAUAAAAGAACAGAUAGACCAAUUCCGUCGCCUCUUUCACCUCUCUCCCCCCCUCUCUCCUCUCUCUCCUGCCUCGCCCAUGGCCAUAGACACAAAUGAACCACAGAGAUCUCCGCAAAGGGGUCACUCACCUCUAAACUCGAAGCCAACUACGAGCAGCAUGCUUUUGUCCCUCCGCGGGGCCAACAGUCCAAUUAGUCCUACCGAAAAUCAAACGCAGAGUCCAGAUCAUUUUGACAGCAAUCGGCAAUUCUCAACGCAUCUCAGUCAAACUUUUCAACAUAAAAAUCAGCUUUCUCCAACUUCCAUUUCAAAUAACGGCAAUACUCCUCUUUCUUCAUCGCCUACACAGAGAGAAAGAUUGUCAAAAGCUUAUAACUACUCAACGGUGCCAAGUAAGCAUUCAGAAUCACCCUAUUCCCAAGCGAAUGCAAGCCAAGAAGCUACCACCCCACAAAGAUCUUUUAGCAGAGACCUCCCACAAAGUAUUAAGCUCACAAAAAAGCCGCUAACCUUGCCUAAGCGCAUACCUUAUGACCCCAAUGCCUUGUUAAAACCUCAUCCAACUCCAAGAAGACCCCUGCUCUCCUCUUUAAAUUGGAUGUCCCCAGAAAAGGAAGACAGAUUAAACAUAAAUAACAAAUCUAAUUCUCAUUUAACCACACCUUUUCAUAGCAAUACUAUGCAGUCAGAUAAUACAGCAGUCAAUGGGCAAAUCCCUAAUUAUAGCAACAAAAACAUGGCAGAGCUAGGUGGUAAUCUUGCAACGCUACAAGAAGGACUAUCAAGCACACAGAAUUCACCAAACCGUCAGUCAUCCCAGUUCAAAGCCCAGGUUGAAUGUUUAAACAGGGAUCCACCAAAACCCAUGAGUUUGUCUGGUGCCAACUCUAAAUUUAGCAUAGCAGGGACACAUGAAAUGAAUCAAGCGAAACCAGCUAACCAUGAUGCAAGCAGUGAUUUGUUUACACCAAAAGUACCCGAGUUCACUCCUACUCCUUUGCUAAGCCCAAAAAGCACCUAUAAUCCCACGGAUAACAGCAGCAAAUACCAAAACAUGUACAGUGCACCAAAGACUGCUUCUGCUACGUCACAAAAUAAAGACAGGCUGACCAAGAAAUCCCACUUAAAUGACAUCACCAACGCAGUGACUAAUGCGAACUAUAAAUCAAGCUUAGAUUUGGGUCAAAACAACAAAGCUUCUUUUCAAUCCACGUCAAGUUCUUCUAAUUUUUCUGGCUCAGUGUCUCAGAAAGAAGAAACAUUGUCGCCUAAAUUUCCCCUUGGCUUUGAGCGCAGCUAUGCCCCCAAACCCUACCAAGCCAAAACAAACCUAAGUCCAACACUUAGUCUUUAUUCAAAAUCAAACUACAAUCUGACCAAUAAUAUCCCAACAGCUUCCAGCCCUUCAUAUCUUAGUCCACAUACUCCUCCUGUUACUAUCUCCUCCUUGAUAACUCCACCCUCUACUCCUAACUACAACAGCCCCAGCUCCCCACAAACUCCUAGCCCGAAAUCUAACAGAACAUUAAGCAAUAGCAUUGACUUAGAGCCCAAAAAGCAAAAUUCCAAGGGAGAGACAAAAAUGGCUAAGAGAGUCACAUUUGAUAAGUCGGCUGAUUCAAAAAAAGAAGAGAAGCAAGAAUCACUAAACCAACUGCCAUCAAGGAACGUUAAAGGACCAUCUAUUUUUACUGCGUUGAGAACUCUCAACCAGCCGCAUACGUUUUCGACCUCGCCAAAGUCUUCAAGUAUUCAAGUAGGUGUGGGGACAAAGUAUAGGUCUCUGUCAUCUGAUUCUGCGGAGUUGAAAUCAAGAGAAAUGUACAAACAACUGUCAGCUGAAACUUUUGAUCAUAAAAACCACGGUUUGAACUUGCCGAGACAAGAGAGGACACUAUCGGCAGAAUCAGCUACUGCUCAAUAUCGCUCCUCUGCCGCUCUGUCACUACCCCCUGAUUUUUCCAAUGGUUAUAAGAACCGCUAUAGUUCCCCUCCCUACUCUACUCUUGUGUCAAGUAGAACAUCCAAACUGGAAACUAAAACCAAGCCACCACGUUCACCACUUUUUCCACGCCAAUCCACUCAAACUAAUCUUCUAAAUACCUCUGCUGCUACUGCAAAUUCAACUCCUGCAACAGUUAAGAAUCCUCUGUUGACAAGUGGGCCACUGUCUCUGCGACCAGUGCAAAUAGACUUGAAAAACUGUUUAAACGGCUUAAACUUAGAUCAAAUCAACAAUAAUUCCAUAAAGCCUGUUGGGGAGGUUCUUGCUAAUGGACAAAUUCAGCUCGUUCAUAACAGAGUCCAAAUCUCUCAAUCUCUGCCUGGUGAGAGAUCUCCACGGAUAUCUUCAUGUGUAACUGAGACUUUGGUUUAUAGCUUAAGGGGGAAAUUAGAUAGACCUACUGAAGGGCUGAAGAAUACCACUCCUAACAUACCAGUUCCAAAGGAGACGCAGUUACCCGAAAAAGUGCAGAGAAAGGAGGUAUUGAAAGAACAGGGCAAUAUGUCAAAUCUCAGCUCCAAUAGUUCCAUAGAAAGCCACAACGUUGAUGAUGACAGCUCGAAAAGAAAAAUAAAAGAGGUUGGUAAGAGCAAGUUUUAUUCAAUCGAAGGGAACAGCGAACAAAGCCCAAAAAGAAGCCGUUUGGGUUUGAAGAAGAGUUCAAGUACACCCAAUGCUAGUUUGACCAGGUCUGACUCAGAGAAAACUAGCAAGAUGGACCAAAUGAUCAGUAAAAUCAAACAGACUUUCAGCCAAAUAAGACCAAACAAUGAUGAGGAGUCUUUACCCAAAAAAUGUCAGAAGACAUCCCAGGCACCAUCUUUAAGUGGGGUUAGUGAUAGCAGUAGAAGUGAUGUUACAGUAGAAAGUAACAAAACACUAGAGCGAGAGGAGGACAUGACAAUGGAGCUAAAUAAUAAUGAAAAAGGUGUGGAGGACAUGCAUAGAUGGGCAAAUAGUAGAUACACUCUUGUCCAAGUGCCAGUUGAGAAAAACAAGGUGGAGGACCAGUUUCCAGUGUGGACUGAAGAAGUGAUGACAAUGAAUGAUGACAAUGAAGAGAUACCUGAUAAAAGGAGUUCACCUCAUUUGAAAACACACAGCCCAAGUCAAGACCACGUCGCUUUUGAUUUCAAACAAAACCAGUUUUUGUCUGCCAAUGAUCUCAAUUCAGGAUAUAGCCCAAAUUCAUCAAAUGGUUUUAGAAAAUCCCCCUCUAGUCCGAGGUCUCCCUUUUCCCCCUUCCCUUCUCUAUCCCCUGUUUCUCCGUUUUCGCCUUCGGAGAUCCUUAGUGAUAAUGUCUUCUACAGCCCAAAACCACCAAGACAAAACUCUUCAUCCUCGCCUUGUGAACUUGGUGAGAUAAGUUUAGUGGCGACAAGAAGGAACAAAGCCUCAACAGGACCUCCAAGUGUGGGACCUGUAACUGAUAAAGAGCGCAUGUCCAGUUCUUAUGCGGAUUUAAAGCAUGGUAUUGAGCCUGGGAGGUCUUUCUCUGUAAGUUCGGUUUCAUCUAGUCGCCCCUCUGGCCCCGGACGGAUCUCAACGGGGUCAAGGUUCAUGAGUGUUGGCGAUUUGACGAAAGGUACUCCUUUUUCAUGCGGACAUACAGCCAGCGAUUCAGAUAACUGGAACAGACAAUAUGACUAUGAGGCAAAUACCCAAACUGGACGUAACCCAAGUGACGGUAAAGUCCGAUCAAGGUCACUGCCGAGAUCUUUCCCACAAUAUCUGAGUAUGGGACAGUCUUCUUCAAAUCCAUCAUGGGCACAAGGCAUGGAUACUGUUGAUUUUCCAUGGGAUACAGAGGGACCCCCCACACCUCCUCCAACUCCUCCCCUGUCCCCCAUAAUGCCACGCAUGUCCAAACCACCAAGUCUCUCUCCCCCUUCUUUCCCUGGACAAUCUGACCCACCACAAGACAACCUGUCUCCCAGAGGACAUCGACCCUCCCGGGGGUACAUGUCCAGCCUCAGCACCUUUGAAGAGUCCUCUGACAGCAGCUCAGACACUACCACAGACGAUGAAUACUAUUUAGAAACAGGUGAAGAUGAAGAAAAGGAGACAGAAUUGUAAAAUAGUUGUAUUUGAAAGUCUCUGUGAUUUUGGAUGAGAGGAGAGGGACAUUUGAGCAAUGCAUCAAGUUAAUUUGUAAAGAAUGUCAAAGAUGUUAAUUUUGUUGUUUAAAGUGUGGGUUACUGUUGUCUUUGAGACAUUAAAUAGGGCCAUGUACUGUGCACAAGUCUUUUCAACCUAGUAUAAAAAUCUAGUAUAAAAAAGAUGUACUGUGUAACUUUUUUGAUGGAGGGUUCACCACCUGCUUGUCUUAUCUUAUUGAAUUACCUGGAAUUUUUUUAUUGUUCAAAUAACCUGCAUUUUUACUGUGAGCGGGGUCCCCUCUCCACAGAUCUGACCUGUAAGUUGGUGGUGCCACCUGAUUAGAGAUGCAUAUUUCAAAGCAAUAAUGUCUCCAUAAAGAAAAGACAGGAGUGGACCCUCCAACAAACUUACAUAAUGAACCUUUAGUGAAGUUUGUUUUGGUCUCUUAAAGAUAAAUAUAAUAAUUUAUAGCAAAAAUAGCAUUUGAACAAUUGCUUUUUUACACUUUCUAUACACACUUACAGUAUGUAACUGUAUUCAUAGCUCCCUAACACUUUUGCACAGUACUGCUGGUUGGUUUCGUAUGGUGGGGUGUACAAAGUUGAUCUAGGCUUAGCCAAUACGCUCACUGUUCUACAUAGAUUUGCAUGGUUGUUGUGAGAGAAUAUAUUUUAAUGAUGAAACUGUUGUAAGAUUAAGCUGAAAAUGGCGCUAAAUAUAAAUGUGUGUGUGUGAUGUGUGCAUCUGCUACUGAGGCAUUGUGCUAAUUUACAGUUUGAAUGUACUUUGUGUUUGAAGAUUGAAUGUUUUUAAAAUGCAUAAGCUGAAUUGAUGACCACCAUUUAAACAGGCAGAAUGUUGAUUUUGAGCAAGGGAUAAUAAUAAUAAUAAUAAUAAUAAUAAUAAUAAUAAUAAUAAUAUAGUUGUAUUUAUAUAAUAGAUUUAAAACAUGUUUAAAUGAGAAUGUUUAAAUUGCUCUGUACAGGUUUUGAUCUUUUGCUGACUAACUAUUUGCACAGAGAGAUUCUUAAGUCUUAAUAUAUCUGUUUUAUAAAUAAACGUUUUGUCAA